AUGGAGUUUGGCUUGCGCACCAUCGCGCUGAUUCUCUCUAAAGCCUCCUUGCUCGUUUUGGCUUUUGUGUUUGGGCAGAUUGGCUUCGGGCACCUGUUCAAGGAGGACGGAAGUAAGUACCUGAAGAGAGAGCAUACCGUUGCAAAUCUCAGUACGAUGGGGUUCACCUUCAAGCCCAGAUGGGAGGAUUCGAAGGAGAGGCAACUUCUCCUGCGCCAUUUUUGUGCUAUCCUUGGUGCUUCCCACAUCGCGAGGGCCUCUGCAUGCGUGCUGUCAGCGUUCGUCGGAGGAAGCGCUGUCACCUGCUGCCUUUUGGCAGAGAUCAUCUUCCUCAUCAACACGCUGUAUGCGUUCGAAACGUUUCCUGCCGGCACAGGAGCCAAGGGGUCGCCCAAGAGAGGUCUGGAUAUGAUGACCGUGCUACCACCAUGUCUCACCUCUGGAUGCUCAGGUCCCGGGAGUCUCAUGCAGACGAUGCUGGUGAUAGCGACAGCAGGCAUGGUUUGCAACCUCGUGUCUCUUUCUUGGAGGAGAACCUUGAAAGGAGCCAAGGAAAGCUAG